AUUUACUUUGCGCACCGGCUUCCCAAGAACACGCAUCCGCCAUCUUCGGAACAGGGAGAGGUCGAAGGGUUGUCGUUUUCUGGCUAAGUACACGCAGGAAACUUCGGUUUCCAGCAUUACAAUAAGCUGUCACGGCGUAUUACAUUAUGGACAAGGCACAUCAGGCGGCUUUGGCUGCAGUGCAACUAGAAGUCAGCGGUGACACGACUGCUAUGGUCAUCCGGCGUCCCUUUGAACCGGUCGCCCACGGCUUGGAGUCUAGUUUCCGACUGUCGCGCUUCGCCGAUCUGAAAGGAUGAGGGUGUAGAGUCCCCCAGGAGACGCAAAAUAAACUCCUGGAGGGACUCGUACAUGACGGCAACGGCCAGCCAGACAACCAGUGUCAAUACAUGCACCUAGGAUUGCCUCGGGUCGGAUAUGGGCUCGGGUGCAGUGUCACAGCGACACGACAUGGAGGGUUCUCUCUUGUACAAGCUAUGGACUACUUUUAUCCCUUUGUUGAAGAUCCAUAUGUAAUGGGCAAGAUAGCGUGUGCCAGCAUCCUGAGCGACCUCUAUGCCAUGGGCGUGACCGAAUGUGACAACAUCAUGAUGACUUUGGCGAUCAGCACAAAGCUGAGCGAAAAGGAGCGGGAUGCGGUCAUCCCCAUCGUGGUUCGGGGCUUUAAGGACGGAGCUAUGGAAGGGGGCACGCAGGUGACAGGUGGCCAGACUAUCCUCAACCCUUCACUCAUCGUCGGCGGAUGCGCGACCAGCUGCUGUCAUUCCAACGAAUUCAUUGCGCCGAACAAUGCUGUGGUAGGGGAUGUUUUGGUGCUGACGAAGCCUUUGGGCAGCCAGGUGGCCGUGAGUGCUCUGCAGUGGCUUGAACAGCCAGAACGUUGGAAUCGAGUCCGCUUAGUGGUUGGCGAGGACGACGUACGUAAGGCUGCUCACCGUGCCAUGGAUUCUAUGUCCAGGCUAAACCGAACUGCUGCUGUUUUGAUGCACAAGUACAAUGCCCACGGUGCAACAGACGUGCGCAACAGCGGUCUCCUGGGCCACGCACAGGACCUGGCACGAGUACAAAAGAAUGAAGUCUCUUUCGUCAUCCAUAACCUCCCUGUUAUCUCCAAGAUGGCAGCAGUCGCCAAGGCUUGCGGAUCCAUGUUCCAGCUUCUUCAGGGUUUUUGUCCAGAGACCUCAGGUGGCCUUCUGAUCUGUUUACCUCGGGAACAAGCAGCUGCCUACUGCAAGGACAUAGAGAAGCAGGAAGGCUACCAGGCGUGGAUCAUAGGAAUUGUUGAAAGGGGCAACAGAACUGCGCGUAUCAUCGACAAGCCCCGGGUGAUUGAAGUGCCAUGCAAAGAUAAAGACGGCGAAUUGUGGUAGUGCCCCCCUCCCCUCCUCUGCUCUUGGACAUGGGCUUUGGAUAGCGGACUUUCAGAAGAAUGUGCGUGUGUGUGUGUGUGUGUGUGCCUGGAAACAUUUUCCAGAUUCGUCAGGGUGAUGCAUGAACAUUUAUUGCUGCUAGCUUCACUUUCCUUAUUACUAUUAUUAUUUUCUUAUGAUCCUGAGCUGUCGCUAUUAUUUUGAACGAUGGUAUGGUGGCUAGGAGACUGUUAACUGGGAGGAUCCUACGUAAAUUAAUGGAGCUACCCAUAGAUGCUUAACGUGCGGCUGUCAAAUGACAAGGAUUCUUUCCUCCGGAAUACUUGCUUUUAUUUCGAUACCCAUCAAGAGGAACUUGUUGAUGGAACCCAGUAAAAUUGGAGCAUCUUAUUUUAUAUUUGUGCGACUCAUUACCUGCAGAACACCAUGAACGUGCGUACAUGUGUGCAGAUGGAGCGAAAGAAGUUACGCAUGCUGAGGCUGUUUGUAUGCAAAGAGUUCUUUAUCUAAUAAAAUGCAGUGGUAAUGUG